GGUGAGGAGUGCCCAUCAAAGGCAGCACAUGGAGAUGACGGAUUGGAGGUAAGGUCAGCACUUGGGAAUUGCACCAACAACAAUAUUGAUGAUGAUUGCAGCAUCAACUUCAACUCCCCAAUUUCACUUCUCCUCUUAUUAUUGGUCUCUAGAUAUACGGACAAUUUGAUUAUUCUCUCACAUUUCACUACCUGAUGAGAUGUGAUAAAUCUUCAUUUAUACGGCUCUCUCUCGGAUAUCUCCUUUCCCCAUCCAGUCUGUUCAUUCACUGUACUACUCUCUAUUCCAUCAAGCCCAUCAGGUUCAGCUCAAAGCAAAGACCAAACCAUGGCAGAAAAGGUCACAACAAUGGUGAUCAGGGUUGAUCUUGAAUGUAAGAAAUGCCGCAAGAAGAUCAAGAAAGUGCUGUGUAAAAUCCCUCAAAUUCACAACCAGAUAUAUGACACGAAGGCAUGCACAGUGACAAUCACUGUGGUUAGCUGCUGUCCUGAAAAGAUCAAGAACAAGAUCUGCUGCAAAGGAGGUAAGGCUGUCAAGUGCAUUGAGAUCAAGGUGCCAGAAAAGCCUAAACCACCAGAGAAGCCUAAAGAACCAGAAAAACCUAAGCAACCAGAGAAGCCCAAAGAACCUGAGAAGCCUAAGGAACCAGAGAAGCCUAAAGAACCUCCACCGGCCCCGAAACCAGCUCCGAAACCCGCUCCUCCACCGCCGGUUCCAUGCCCGCCACCGGUCUACCCAAGGACAUGUUGUAGUGAAUGCUAUCAAGGGUUUGGUGGAGGCCCAUGUUACCAUGGUUAUGGCGGGCCAGCUCCCCAUUAUGAACCUUAUGGAAGGCCAGUGUAUGAUAGUUGGGGUGGUGGUGGAUGUAGCUGCCAAAGAAGUGGUUAUUAUGUGUGUAGAUGUAAUUAUGUUUCUGAUCAUAACCCCUCUUCAUGCAGAAUCAUGUGAAGGGAAAAUCCUGUCCAAAACACCGACGCCCAUUGAAGAUUAUUGGAUUCAAAGUACCAUUAAAAAUCCAUAGUACUGUUGUGUCAGUGAUUAAAGCGUUGAUCACAUUUCAUCGCUAUACAUUAUCAUUACCCACGAUCAUGUCGUAGCCUUCUCCAGCUAGUUGUCUUGUGUUGAAAUGUUGGGUCAGUUUCCGUAAUGGAAUUUUUUUUUUUUUGAGGUAUAGGGAUUUUAUGCAAAACAAGGAUGAAUGAGGUGUAUGUGAUAUGGGUAUUAACAAUAUUUUGUUAUAAGGUUACAAAAGUUGUUAAAAUUUUUAAUAAAUUAAUAAAAGGAAAAGUUUCCAUUUUGUAAA